AGCUGCUGCGGCGGUCCGCGGCUGUCCGCGGCGGUCCGCGGAUCCUCCCCGCCCCACCCCCAGCCGGACCUCCGCCUCAGCCGCGCAGUCGCUCCCCAGAGUCGGGAUCGCGGCCCCCCGGCGGGCCGGCUAGCCGCAGCCAUGUCGUCCGUGAGCGCGAUCCAGAUCCCGAGCCGCCUGCCGCUGCUGCUGACCCACGAGGGCGUCCUGCUGCCCGGCUCCACGAUGCGCACCAGUGUGGACUCGGCCCGCAACCUGCAGCUGGUGCGCAGCCGCCUGCUCAAGGGCACGUCGCUGCAGAGCACCAUCCUGGGCGUCAUCCCCAACACUCCGGACCCGGCCAGCGACGCGCAGGACCUGCCGCCGCUGCACAGGAUUGGGACAGCUGCAUUGGCCGUUCAGGUGGUGGGCAGUAAUUGGCCCAAGCCCCACUAUACUUUGCUCAUCACAGGUCUCUGCCGCUUCCAGAUUGUUCAAGUAGUAAAGGAGAAACCGUAUCCUGUUGCAGAAGUUGAACAGUUGGACCGACUGGAGGAAUUUCCCAGCCCAUCUAAUGCCCCAGAGGAACUUGGAGAACUUUCUGAACAGUUCUAUAAAUAUGCAGUUCAGCUGGUUGAAAUGUUGGAUAUGUCUGUUCCUGCUGUUGCUAAAUUGAGACGUCUUUUAGACAGUCUGCCAAGGGAAGCAUUACCAGACAUCCUCACUUCAAUUAUCCGCACAAGUAACAAAGAGAAGCUUCAGAUUUUGGAUGCCGUGAGCCUGGAGGAGAGAUUCAAAAUGACUAUACCUUUGCUGGUAAGACAAAUUGAAGGCCUUAAGUUGCUUCAGAAAACCAGAAAACAUAAGCAAGAUGAUGAUAAGCGGGUUAUAGCUAUACGUCCCAUCAGGAGGAUUACACACAUUCCUGGAACUUUAGAAGAUGAAGAUGAGGAUGAAGAUAAUGAUGACAUUGUCAUGUUAGAAAAGAAAAUCCGAACAUCUAGCAUGCCAGAGCAAGCUCAUAAAGUCUGUGUCAAAGAGAUUAAGAGGCUGAAAAAAAUGCCUCAGUCAAUGCCAGAAUAUGCCCUGACUAGAAAUUAUUUGGAACUUAUGGUGGAAUUGCCUUGGAACAAGAGCACAACUGACCGCCUUGAUAUCCGGGCCGCCCGAAUUCUUCUGGAUAAUGACCAUUAUGCCAUGGAUAAAUUGAAGAAAAGGGUUCUGGAAUAUUUAGCUGUCAGGCAGCUGAAGAACAACCUGAAGGGCCCGAUCCUCUGCUUUGUUGGCCCCCCUGGAGUGGGCAAAACAAGUGUAGGAAGAUCAGUAGCAAAGACUUUGGGUCGAGAAUUUCACAGAAUUGCACUGGGAGGUGUAUGUGAUCAAUCGGACAUUCGAGGACACAGGCGCACCUAUGUUGGCAGCAUGCCUGGUCGUAUAAUCAAUGGCUUGAAGACUGUUGGGGUCAACAAUCCAGUGUUCCUGUUAGAUGAAGUUGAUAAACUGGGCAAAAGUCUGCAGGGAGACCCUGCUGCUGCCCUGCUUGAGGUUUUGGAUCCAGAACAGAACCAUAACUUUACAGAUCACUACCUAAAUGUGGCCUUUGACCUCUCCCAAGUCCUCUUUAUAGCUACUGCAAACACUACAGCUACUAUUCCACCUGCUUUGUUGGACAGAAUGGAGAUCAUCCAGGUGCCAGGGUAUACACAGGAAGAGAAGAUAGAAAUUGCCCACAGGCACCUGAUUCCUAAGCAGCUGGAACAGCAUGGGUUGACACCUCAGCAGAUUCAGAUUCCUCAAGUUACCACUCUUGACAUCAUUACUAGGUAUACCAGAGAGGCUGGAGUUCGUUCUUUGGACCGAAAGUUUGGUGCAAUUUGCCGAGCGGUGGCUGUGAAAGUGGCUGAAGGACAGCAUAAAGACACAAAACUGGAGCGUUCUGAGGGCACUGAGGGAGAAGGAUGCAGAGAACAUCUCUUGGAAGAUGCAAAACCUGAAUCCAUCAGUGACACAGCCGACUUGGCCCUGCCACCUGAAAUGCCUAUCUUAAUUGAUUUCCAUGCACUGAAAGAUAUCCUGGGGCCACCGAUGUAUGAAAUGGAGGUAUCUGAACGUUUGAGUCAGCCAGGAGUGGCAAUAGGCUUAGUCUGGAGUCCUUUAGGUGGAGAGAUUAUGUUUGUGGAAGCAAGUCGAAUGGAUGGUGAAGGUCAGUUAACAUUGACUGGACAGCUGGGAGAUGUCAUGAAGGAGUCUGCACAUCUUGCAAUCAGUUGGCUACGCAGCAAUGCAAAGAAGUAUCACCUGACAAAUGCUUCUGGAAGUUUUGAUCUGCUUGACAACACAGACAUCCAUCUGCACUUCCCAGCUGGAGCUGUCACAAAAGAUGGACCAUCUGCUGGAGUUACUAUAGUAACCUGCCUUGCCUCACUUUUUAGUGGGCGGUUGGUGCGUUCAGAUGUAGCCAUGACUGGAGAAAUUACACUGAGAGGUCUUGUUCUUCCAGUGGGUGGAAUUAAAGACAAAGUUCUAGCAGCACAUAGAGCUGGACUGAAAAGAAUCAUCAUUCCACAGAGAAAUGAAAAAGAUCUUGAAGAGAUUCCAAGCAACAUUCGCCAGGAUUUGACCUUUAUCACAGCAACCUGCCUAGACGAAGUUCUUAAUGCAGCUUUUGAUGGAGGUUUUUCAAUCAAAACUAGGCUUGGUCUCAUAAACAGUAAACUUUAAGCAGAUAAUUGAUCCAAACUUCCAAGUUUUUGAAAUUUAAAAACAGGAAUGAAGUACCAAAAUUAAACCUUCUAAUCAUUUUUUGAGGGUAUAUUACUUGUUUGCUGAUUGACUGGUUACUAAUCAGUACGUCAUAUUUAAUUAAAACAAAUUAAUGAGAUUUUGAUUGUAUUGGCUAAUAUAUGUAAGCAGAUGGUUAUUUAAUAAACUCAUAUUAAUCUAUCAAACUAUUAUAUAGAUUAAUAUAAAUGAUUUUA